AGGUCUUCCGUGAGUUGUCAAUAUGACCAACCCUAAAUCUUCUCGCCCGAUGGAUGGUGCCGCUGCUCGUCGUAUCAUGUCUACGGCUUAUGGCAACUCAGGCUCGGUCGAGAGUGGCUCCUUUGCUGCUCGUGCUCAGUCGGCAGCUCAGCGCAAUAUGAACAAUGGUGUUGUGCCAGGAUGGAGUGCGAGUGCUAAUAGUGGCGCCUCCAAAGGCAGUGGCGGUUAUAUCCGUGGCAGCGGCUCCAACAAGUAAAGUCUUCCUCUUCUUAUUUCAAAGAUGAUGACGAUGAUGAUGAUGAUGAUGAGAGUUUGUCGUCGUAUCUUUACAUUCUGGCUGUGAGAAUCCAUUGUAGUCGAUGCAUUGAUAUUAUUCUAGUCAUUGAUUU